UCGUGUUUGAAUACUCGAUGCUUUGUGAUCUCGUCGCGCGGAAGUUCGACGACUCUCUUGGCGUCUGAGUUUUCCUGUAAACAAAUAAUUCGGGAACAGGAUUCGUUGACGAGGGAAACCUGAGAGGAACGUCACGUGGUAACAGAAUCGUCCGAUACACGACGACGUCGGACGCCGUUUGAGAUGUUCGUUGAUCGCCGGCAUGAGCUGUCACCGUCGUAACGCGUCGAACCUGUGAGGUUAUGAUUACGACGAGGAACGUUUGCCGUCGAAGCGGCCGAAACGCCGUGAUGACCGCAAUUUUAUACGUGUUGAUAUUGACGAAUUUCUGCGUGGCCGCUAACGACGGUGCCGCCAAUGCCGCCAAAUGUCAAUUUGGCAAGCCGAUGCGCAAGCAGGUGCCAGCGGAGCCUCUGAACGGCGAGUGCCUGCGGGAUCUCGUGGUACACCUGUCAAAAGUGUUACGAGUCAUCGUCGACGACGAGCUCGGUGCUUCCUCAUUUCAGGAGAUGAUCGACAAGAUGGAAUUUGUAAACGUCUCCAACAGUCUGGACGCGAAGCUGACCGUCUUAGUUGACAAAUUUAACAAUAAGUUGAGGUUGCACGUUGAUGUCUUCAAGCAAGUCUAUGAAGUUAUACACCAUAUACUGAUACAAGAUCCACGUCCUGCCAUUUAUUCUAGUCAGAUGGUUGAUUAUGACAUGAUGGAGCUGAAUAAAAUUUCAGAUAUAUGCACUGAUAUUAUGAAAGAACUUACAAUGCAACUACGAGGUCAAGAAUGGAAAAACAUACAUAUACUGCCAAUAAAAGAACCUUAUACAAUAUGUGGACCACCUACGCUUGCUCACAAUAUCGGACCUCUUUUAUUAUCUCAAUAUUGUUCCAAGAAAAAUGUCAUUCUACUUUUGGAACAUGGCACUUUCAUGUCCGAAUCAGAUUUAGCUUUGGCUCAAAUAACAGCCAAAACUAUUAUAGAUAUGCUUUCUGAAGCAGAUAAUGUUACUGUUGUGGGCCUUGCUAAUACUGCUCCCUUACUUUGUAAAGAUGGCUUAUUAAAGGCAACAGAUAUCAAUAAAUUUCAAUUAAUUCGAUAUAUUGACAGUUUAACUAGAACAGAUUUAAAUGAGACAACAAAGAUUGAUUUUAGAAAAUUAACACAAAAUCUAAGGGAUAAAGUGCUUAUUAUACAUUUAACUAAUAAACUACAGACUACAUCAGAAGUACAAAGAAUAGUUGAACUAAUUUCGUGGGAGCUCAAGACUUACCUCAAAACUAUUCUUAUUACAGACCAACAACCAUCCACAAUUAAAAAAUUAAGUAAUGACAAUGUCUUAAUUCUUCCAACGCAAAACGUUCUUGGAUAUGAAAUAGGAAAACUAUUUUCUUGUUUACAAUGUCCUGAUCACUAUAAGAAAGAUUUUUAUGUAUCCGAUCCGUAUAUUGAACCAUAUAGCAAAGCGAUGACAAUAUCUAUCGGGCAAAUUACAAAAACUGCAUUAUUAUCAUUAGAUAUAAAACUGCGCGAUUUUCUUGAUGAUAUAACUUAUUUUAACGCUGGUCCCAAUGCAUAUGUUAUAUUUUUCGAUAAUAAAGGAGUAGUUUGGAUGCAUAAAAAUUUUCCUCGGAUUGAGAUGAUAAUUGAGCAACCACUCAAAGUGCAUUUGCAAGACAUUGAAAAUAUAGAUGAUCAAAUAGUAACAAAGAUGAUAAAUGAGAUUCAAGGAGUUGUAGAUGUAAAAACAAAAUUAGGUGAGCAGAAGCAGUACAGAUGGAGACACUUAAUUUAUGAUGACUUGAUAAUAUGUCUGGUAUCAACAACUAACGAAGGAAUAUUACCUGUCGCAAGAAUUGUGCCUCCAUUACCGGCGAAUAUUUUACACCAUCGCCUUGAUCUUAUGCUUCAAACUGUCAUUGAUAAAAAUACGCUUUGCGUUUAUAGAAACAAGAUUGUAACUUUAUCAACGGGUGUAAUCUAUUUAUCACCAUGGUGCUUUCAAUCUCCAAUGGAACAACUAAAAUUACUGGAAACGGGUUCGGCUGUAAAUGUACAGGGCUAUAUGGCAUAUAUAAAAGAUGUAACAGGUCUUUUAGCUAAUCCCGGUUUACAUUCAUCUGUAAAACCAGAUGUAGCAACGUUAGCACAAGUUUUGGAACAUUUCAAAAAGCAGCACGUCGAAAGUUCGUUAAAUAAAUUUAUAAUAAGAAGAUACAUCGUCAGUACAGUCAGUGGUGUAUUAGAAAUAUUUCCAGGAAUGGUAUUAGAUUCUAGUUUUGAUCCCAAAAGAAGAAUGUGGUAUGGGAAAGCACUGGAACAAUCUGAUAAGAUCAUUUUAACGUCGCCUUAUUUGGAUACAGGUGGAUCAGGCUACGUAGUUACUCUGAGUCAGACUGUCAAAUACUCUAUGAGAGCUAAUGGAAAUACAGAUUAUGCCAUUGCUGUUCUGUCUAUGGAUGUUACAAUGAGUUAUAUUAUGAGACUGUUAUUGGAAAUGUUUCCGUUUUGCCAUGAUGCUACUAUAAAGUGUUUCUUGAUGGACGAUAAAGGCUACUUGGUGUCACAUCCUAAGUUGUUGGAGGCAACAGGCAAGAUCGAGCAGCAACAUUUAACACAUAAGGAACUCUUAGUAGCUAACGACAUAUUGAAUCAUGGAUUGUUUGCGAAAAAGAAAUUAUGUGCCAACUAUUUAGAUGGUACUGUGCAAAGAUACUAUCAAUUUAAUACGUCGCUCGAUGAUGUACUCACUAAUAUAGCACACGGCGAACAUUGUGUUAGAUAUCAGGUAGCUGCUGUACCAGGAACUAACGUGUUCCUUGGCGUUGUCAAUGUGACGACUCAAUGUAAUAUGCUCAGAGCUUUUUGUCCUUGUAGUACGAUGGAUCAUUCGUGCCUGAAUUGCAAAAGUAUGGAACAAACUAGCUGUGAAUGCCCCUGCGAAUGCUCCUUGUAUUCCUCUAGCUGUACGCAACAAAAUAUCGACAAUCUAGAUUCUUGUCCGCCUAUAUAUGAGCACGGAUCGAGUUUACAAACUUCGUGGAUAGAGCCUACUAAUUUGAAAUCAUGUCCAUCCAUCGAUUGCAAAUCAUACACGACGGAAAAAGACUGCUUGGGUAUUGCGGAUUGUCAGUGGUGUCAUGUUGAUACCGAUGGCGAGACUCCUUUGCAAAGGCCGUUUUGUUCCGAUAUGGCCAUAUGUUUCAAAGGAAUCUUCGGAUCUUUAAUACCUUAUAGUGACGGUAGUUAUAAUUCGCAAUCAACAGAUGAAAUCACGGUGCGAGAGUGGUCAUCAGUCGGGCCAGUGGCCGGUGGAAUUCUUGCGCUGUUCCUGAUUGUAGGCAUUAUCCUAUUUUGCUACAGACUUCGAUCGGUACACUCGGGCUUAGAGCAUCAGUGUUUACAUCUUCAUACGUCGCCCGAUACAUUGCGUAUGACGCACAUCGAGGGCGAUCCGGAACCCGCAGAAUUGGAUCAGAUCAAAAAUAAUUUAGAUUGUCUUGUUAGAGACAAUGUCGCACCUAUAUCACCAUACAGAGUUUCUACCAACUAUCGAAGACCACCUGGUGGCGAUAGCGAUCAUGGGUACAGUACAAUGACACCUCACGACGAUUCCGAGCAACAGACAUUCGCCUCCGAACCUCUGUUAGCCGUCGAUAAUAGCGUCGAAUCGGAUUUAACCAAGCAAUCCGAUAUCGGAGUGCCUUCUCCUACGACUUAUUUGGGUUCACCACAUCAUGUUUUAGCGCCUGUGACAGUUCAUCGCGAUAUGGAAACGAAUUACUGUUAACGAAAACUGAAUUCACUGCCAUUUAUUUACAAAGGUAAGACAAACGUAAUUUACUCGAUAUUAUCGUAAGAAAUUGUUAUAUCACGAUUUAUAUUCAUCUCUUCGUGAAUAUGAUCUCGGGAUAUAAGAAUUGAACGUAUAAUAUCAUUCAAUAUACAUAGCGACUUAUCUUAUUUAUGCUUCUCGAAAGAGAUAUUAUUGGAUUAUUUUACUGCGAGACUGUUCAUAUUAUUUCCAUUAUUAUCAAAUGUUAAAAGGUAUAGAUCUUUGAAUGAUUGAUACUUGAAAACAUAUAUAACUUUGAAGUGUCAAUACUAAUGCCUUUCACAUAAGUGCUAAAAAUGAUUAUAAUAGUAUAAUAGAAUAUUAAAUCUUCUUAAAAAUCUUAAAAAUGGUUGUGUCAAUUUUACAUAUGGAAUAAUUCAAAUGGCUGCUAUGUUGCAAGCUAUGAGUAAGAGACUUAAAGUAUGUUUUUAUAAAUAGAUUUAUAAAGAUAGUUUUUAUAAACAGUAAUGAAUUAUCUAUAUUAUUCUGAUUACUAAUUCUGAUUACGAGCAAUUUAGAAAUAUAAAAAUAUUUUAUACAAAUAAUAUCGCAGUUUGCCAAUAAUAUCU